AAUAAAGAAUUUUGGAAUAGAGCCAACGACUCACAGGGUAACGACUAACGAGGCAGUCGAAUUUCAAACCCUACUAAAACCCUUUGAACGUUCGUCUACUCGGGCCACUCCGUCUUCUCAUGGCGUCUGGAUGUCGAACUUUCUCAAGACCUGCUCUCAAUUUCCUAAAAUCGGCCAUGAGUAAACCCAGCAGCAAGCCCGUUCCUUCAACGCGAACUUGUUUCUCGUCUCCUACCUUUUCAAGGUUACCUCCUGAGGUGCGUUGUGUCCAAUCACUCCUUCCGUUACACAGCGCAGUUUCUUCGGCGCGUCUCACGUCUUGUCUCGGCAUUGACUCGAGUAGCUCGAGAUCGCUAUCUCAGGGUAUGCUCUGCCGUGCAAACCCUGGAGUUUGAGUUCCAUUUUUUAUUCGUAUCUAAUUAGGUAUCAGCAUGCCUCGAUAAAGAGAUUGAAGUUACAGAUUGGUCCAAGGUAGAGGGAGGAUUGGGAGAAACACAUGGAAUCUUUGUCUGAUUAACAACUUCUAGUAGAGAGAAUAUUUUGCAGCAUAUGGAGUUUUGGAUUUUUAUGGAAUACUUCUCUCUUGCCAUUGAUGACUCUCCCGUCGGAUUCAUAUUUUUCUUUUUUCCUUUUUUUAAUGGAAUUGGUUGGUUUUUCUCUGUUAAAGAGUAAAUAUGCAAGAUAUUUCAAUUGGAUGAAUAAAUUCUCAAUGGAAGUAUAUCAUAAAAUGAUUUUUUCCACUUUCUUA